AAUUGCAUUGCAUGCAGUAGCCUUUUGUUUCCCAUCCCUAGAGUGACCGUACUCCUCAUGGCCAAAAACUGUGCACCGAAGCGGCACUGCCGUGCGAAAACCUGUUCCUGCUCAAGACCGCCGUUAAAACACCCUCCACGCCGGCCCCUCGGAAUUCCAUGACACUGCGUGGGGCAAUAAAAACAAACAGAACGCCUGGCGGCCACCUGAGAGCGGAGCAGCGACCAACUGUAAAAGUGGGCCGCUCGGGAAGAAGAAGCGGCGGCGGCAGCAGCAGGUGACGCCGACAGCGACGUUGACAGAGACUCGAGCAGCGACGGACCGCGCAGAUUUCACUUUUCGACGAGCGGUUCAACGGAGCGGAGCUAAGAAACACGGUUUCUUCACAAGCAAUUGCAAACAAUUGUCGAAAAUAGACGAAAAUAACUAGAGAAUUGCCAUGUACCGCACCAGUGGGUUAAGGAUUAUGCAACAGCUGCGCCGCAGGAUUCCCGCCGAGAUGCAGGCAGUCCAAAUGGUCAGAGCUGCGCCUGCGCUGCAAACUUUCACUUCUCAGCGUUGGACUUCGACGACGACGGUCAGUGGAAAGCAUGCCAGUCCACAGGUUACGACCCCACCCCCGAGACACGACUGGAAUAGGGCGGUCAGCGAGGCAGAGCGUAUUGUCGGCUAUCCCACAUCCUUCCUCAGUCUGCGCUGGUUGCUCAGCGACGAGAUCGCCAAUGUGGCGCUCCACCUGCGCAAGCUGGUGGGCAGCGCCCAUCCGCUGAUGAAAACGGCCAAGCACCUGCUCUACAAUGGCAAGAAUACGAUGCAAGCUUGGGGAUUGAUAGUGCUCCUGGUGUCCAAGGCCGCAGGACAUGCACCCAGUGUUCCAGACGUGGAGCAGGACAAGAGUGCCGGAGUGCUGCACUCCCAAAGAGCUUUGGCUGAGGUCACCGAGAUGAUACGGAUAUCACAUCUGGUUCACAAUAGCGUGGUUAAUCUGCAAUCGAGCACCCAGGCUGGCCAGGAUGUGGACACCUACGACGACAUGUCGUUUGGCAACAAGAUCGGCUUGUUGACUGGCGACUAUCUUCUGGGCCAUUCCAGUGCGGAGCUAGCCAAUCUGCGCAACCAGGAGGUGGUGGAGCUGAUCUCGUCGGCGGUGCGAGACUUUUCCGAGUCGGAAUUCAUUGGAGAACGUGAUGAGCAGAACAACCCGCUGCCUUAUAAGCCAGGAACCUUCCAACGACCAUCUCUCAGCGUUGGAGUGGAUUUCAACGAGCACGACGUGAUGACGCCAAUGCCGAUAGCCCAGGUUCUCGGAAAUCCGGAGGAGGAAUGGGAGUGCCGUAACAUACUAAAUGCCGGUAGCCUGUUGGGCAAAUCUUGCCAAGCUUCGCUAAAGCUGGCUGGACAAAGUGAGGAACUGCAGCGGCAUGCUUAUCGCUUUGGAAAACAUUUGGCACUCGCUUGGCAGGCUUGCUUGGAUGCCGAACCUUUUCAAUGCCCCCAACUCCCACUAGAUGUUACUUUUAGUCUUGUUAGUGCUCCAGUUCUAUUCCACUUGGAGCACGACCCGGGGAUGUAUUCUCAACUGGAGGCUGGCAAGCAAUCGGUGGAUAACAUCGACUACGACAAGAUCCACAAGGCCAUUCUAGCCGGGCCCGCUUUGACCAAAACCAAGGAACUGCAACGAAAGCACACAGCCGCCGCCCUGGCUGUUCUGCAACAUUUCCCGGCGACUGACGCUCGACAGGCUUUGGAGAACAUCAUUCUGGCCAUGCAGGAUCUCUGAUCCCAAACAGUAGUUACUGAUUUUUCACGGGUUCAGGGCUUAGAAUAGUGAUAUUUAUUCCGUUGGGUAAUUUUCAUCAAAGCAGACAUUGUUGACUAAUCUUAAAUGGUUCAUUUAAAGUAAUGUUAAAUGUUUUACUUUUAUGAAAUCUAUGUAAUGCUUUAUGCAAGUACACAAAAAUAUAACUUUUUAAAUCGUUUUGUAUACAAAAA